AAAGUGGGUGUGUUAUAGUUGACCUCUGACCCUUUUCAUGCUGCAGAGACUGGUGUGUGUGUGGUCCAUCUUCUUGAGCUCAUAACUGCCUCUUGCUCGUACUUUAGAUUGAAAGCACAUUGCAGUUAGAUACCAGGACCCUUGGAGACUCUGCUGCAUAUCUGAUUCAUCUGCAAAGAAUAUCGAAUGGACUCAAAGAUGUCUACCUUUGAACGAAAUCCUGGUCUUCCUCUUGACCUAGGAUGGGUGGAGUCAUCUCGUGUCAAUCUACCAGCGGUUAUUAGGAGAGCAGCCACACACAAAACACGACGCUCAAUCAAGAAAGAAUGGCAAGCCGCUUGGCUUCUUCGUGCUGUUAGCUGUAUUGACCUCACUACCCUGGACGGAGACGACACUCCAGGAAAUGUCUCAAGACUUGUGUACAAAGCUCAUACUCCUGUUCGUCAAGACCUCGCCAAAUCUCUCGGUGUAACUGAACUGAAUAUACGAGUUGGGGCCGUUUGCGUGUAUCCUGAGCGUGUUCCUGAUGUGGUUAAGGCUUUGAAAGAACUCAGCUGUACUGACAUUCCCAUUGCUUCUGUGUCGGCAGGUUUCCCAGCUGGACAGACUCCAAUUCAGCAAAGAUUGGACGAAAUACGACAAGCCAUCAAAUACGGUGCAACUGAGAUUGAUAUUGUCAUCACUCGAACCUUUGUGCUGCAAGGAAAUUGGCAAGCUUUGUACGACGAAGUGCGUGCUUGUAGAGAAGCGUGUGGAGAGGCUCACUUGAAGACGAUUCUGGCUACUGGUCAUCUUGGCACCCUCACCAACGUGUACAAGACUAGCCUCAUUUGUAUGAUGGCUGGCUCUGACUUUAUCAAGACCUCCACCGGGAAAGAAGCCGUGAACGCCACUUUCCCAGUCGCUUUUGUGAUGGUUCGUGCUAUUCGGGAUUACUUUGAACGUACAGGUUAUAAGAUCGGUUUUAAGCCAGCUGGAGGCAUCAGAAGUGCCAAAGAUGCUCUCUAUUGGCUUGCUCUGAUGAAGGAAGAGUUGGGCGAUGAUUGGACCAAACCUGACCUGUUUAGGAUUGGUGCCAGUUCUCUGCUCGGAGAUAUUGAACGGCAGCUUUACCAUCAAGUGACUGGCAGAUAUGCAGCAAAGCACCAGAUACCAAUGUCUUAGAAACUGCUUUUAGUAUGGACAAUGAAAAUGAACUUUUUCUUAUGUUUAUAAUUAUUCUGAUUUCUGAUUUGCAUGAUGUUGUUUCACUUUAUUGAUAAUUAUGUGUAAUCAA